UUUUAUAUAAAAGAAAGGAAUAGCACAGAGAGCGCCACGCAAGCGCAAUACUAUUGAGAAAAAGGGUAGAAAGGAGGAGAAAACAAGGGCUUAUCUCUCACGUUUCGGUUGAGCGGGUUUUCAGAGUUCAGAUACGCUUUAUUCGCGAACAAUUCAACGAGUAUGGAUCGGUAUCAGAGGGUGGAGAAGCCAAAGCCGGAGACGCCGAUUAACGAAAAUGAGAUUCGCAUUACCACUCAGGGGAGAAUGAGGAACUACAUUACCUAUGCCACCACUCUGCUCCAGGAGAAAGGAUCUAAUGAAAUUGCUCUUAAAGCCAUGGGCAGAGCUAUAAACAAGACGGUGAUGAUUGCUGAAUUGAUUAAGAGAAGGAUUGCUGGUCUUCAUCAGAACACGGCAAUUGGUUCUACCAACAUAACUGACACUUGGGAGCCGCUAGAAGAGGGACUUCUUCCCCUGGAGACUACUCGCCAUGUAUCAAUUAUAACAAUUACUUUGUCCAAGAAGGAACUAGAUACAUCUUCCACGGGGUACAUGCCACCUAUUCCAGCUGAUCAAGUGAAGCCCUUGACUGAAUAUGAUGAUGAAGGAGAUGGCUCCCCUAGCAUGCGUGGUAGAGGACGUGGUGGUCGACGAAGGGGCAGAGGAAGAGGGAGUUUUAACAAUGGAGUUGUGGAAUACAAUGGGGAUGGUGGCUUGGAUGGUGAGCGAGGAUAUGGAGGCAGGGGACGAGGUCGUGGACGAAACCAUGGCUAUCGUGGGCGUGGAAGGGGGUAUGGUGGUGGGAAUAUGCAACAUGACUUUAGUGGUGGAAGGGGGUAUGGUGGUGGGAAUAUGCAACAAGACUUUAGUGGUGGAAGGGGGUAUGGUGGUGGGAAUAUGCAACAGGACUUUAAUGGUUAUAAUAACUAUCGGAAUGACUAUGUGGGAGGGGGGCCUCCAGCACAUGGCCGUGGGCGAGGGCGAGGGCGUGGACGAGGCAGGGGCAGAGGUCGUGGCCGUGGUUGGGGUACCAGAUCAGAUGGUCCAGUCCAGGCAUCUGAUUGAGCCCUAGACAAGGUUUAAAAUCUGGUUUAUGUUGCUGAAAGUUUGGGAUGGCUGCUCUGUUGAUUAUGUCUUAUUCCGGGGGGG